UUUGAUUUUUUCUCGUACACGUGGGGAACACAUCCAACAUGUAAAACUUGUUCUCCAGAGACUUCUAGAAAACAGACUCUUUGUUAAAGCAGAGAAGUGUGAAUUUCAUGUGUCAUCUGUGAGCUUUCUGGGUUUUGUGGUGGAGAAGGGGCAGAUCAAAUCAGACCCUGCCAAGAUUAAGGCAGUGGUAGAUUGGCCUACUCCCACCACACGUAAGCAGCUACAGAGGUUUCUGGGGUUUGCCAAUUUUUACCGUCGGUUCAUCCGUGAUUACAGUCGAGUUGCAGCACCACUUACCAGGUUAACCUCUGCUAAGUCACCCUUUGUGUGGUCACCCCCGGCUGAAGCCACUUUUGUUAAGUUGAAGAGUCUGUUCUCCUCUGCUCCUGUGUUAUGUCAUCCUGUUCCCUCAGCCCAGUUCGUGGUGGAGGUUGAUGCCUCUGACUCUGGAGUUGGAGCGGUCCUGUCACAACGAUCCACCUCUGACCAGAAGCUGCACCCCUGCGCAUUCUUCUCUCGCCGUCUUACACCUGCGGAGAGGAACUACGAUGUGGGGAAUCGGGAGCUGCUGGCGGUGGUGCUGGCCCUUCAGGAGUGGAGACACUGGCUGGAGGGAUCUACUCACCCUUUUGUUGUUUGGACUGAUCACAAGAACCUGUCUUACCUCCGUUCCGCCCGCAGACUCAACUCUCGCCAGGCCCGGUGGGCAUUGUUCCUGGGCCGGUUCGACUUCACUCUCACCUACCGGCCAGGCUCCAGGAAUGUCAAACCUGAUGCCCUCUCUCGUCAGUUCUCUCCCCCCGUUGAGGUUCCUGCUGAGGACACAAUCCUGCCAUCCUCCUGUGUGGUGGGAGCAGCCAGGUGGGAGGUCGAGCAGCAGGUCCAGGAGGCCCUUGAGGACCAUCCAGCCCCUGAGGGUGUCCCACCUAACCGGCUGUUUGUGCCUCCCCCCGUCCGAUCCCCUGUGCUCCAGUGGGGACACUGCUCCAAGGUGGCAUGCCACCCUGGCUUCCAUCGGACCUUGGCUCUGCUUCGUCAGCGUUUCUGGUGGCCCUCAAUGUCCGCUGAUACUAAGGAGUUCGUCUCUGCCUGUACUGUCUGUGCCCGCAGUAAGGCUUCACAUCGUGCUCCUGCUGGUCUCCUUCGCCCCCUUCCUAUCCCCCACCGGCCCUGGUCUCACAUUGCCAUGGACUUUGUCACUGGUCUGCCACCUUCAGAAGGACAUUGUGUCCGACAGAGGGCCACAGUUCUCCUCCAGAGUUUGGCGGGCAUUUUGCCAAGCUAUGGGGGCGUCGGCUAGCCUCUCUUCUGGUUACCAUCCUCAGACUAAUGGCCAGACUGAGCGGGCGAAUCAGAGUCUGGAGGCAGCACUUCGUUGUGUUGCUUUUCAUCACCCAACCUCCUGGUCUACCCACCUUCCAUGGAUUGAAUACGCCCACAACUCCCUGAUCUGCUCUGCCUCAGGUAUGUCCCCCUUUAUGGCCGCUAAUGGUUUCCAGCCUCCUCUCUUCCCCGCACAGGAGACUGAGGUGGCAGUUCCCUCGGUGCAGGCGCACCUCCAGCGUGCCCAUCAAGUCUGGCGUGAAGCCCGGGCUGCUCUCACCCGAUCUGCGGCUCACAACCAGAGACUGGCAGACCGUCACCGCUCUCCAGCUCCCCAGUACCAGCCCGGCCAGAAGGUCUGGUUGUCCUCCCGUGAUCUUCCCCUCAGAACGGAGUCCCGAAAACUCACUCCCAGGUACAUCGGCCCUUACGUCAUUGACCGGAUCAUCAACCCCUGUGUGGUGAGACUUAAGCUUCCUCCAUCCCUCAAUAUCCACCCGUCCUUCCAUGUGUCACUCCUCAAGCCUGUCUCCACCAGCCCUCUGUGCCCUCCAGCCGAGCCCCCUCCACCCCCCCAGAUCAUCGACGAUCACCCUGCAUUCUCUGUUCGGCAGCUGCUGGAUGUGCGGAGGCGAGGCCGAGGUUUCCAGUUCUUGGUGGAUUGGGAGGGGUAUGGCCCAGAGGAGCGUUCAUGGGUUUCUCGCUCCCUUAUUUUGGACCCUGAGCUCAUUAGAGAGUUUUACAAUCGGUACCCAGACAAGCCUGGUAGGCCGCCAGGAGGCGUCCCUUGAGGGGGGGGUACUGUUAUGGUUCAGUUUAGUUUGUCUUGGUUGUUGUGUUUUUUUCCUUUUGUUCUCUCUGUUCACCCUCCCUUUUCUUUUUUCUCUGCAGAGCUUGUGUGUGGAAGGGGGCGUGGCUGGCUCCUCCUGUUGGCAGCAGUGGCACACCUGCAUCCACUCAGCUCAUUUCCCCCAGUACUUAAGCCUGGUCUUCCCUCCAGAUCACUGCCAGAUUAUUCCUUUGCUUCCCGGCAUGCUGUCCCCCUGUACACCUGAAGCCUCAGAAGAUUUCCUCCUGCCAGCCAGCUCCCUGCCACUGCAGCCUGCCUUGUAUGGUUUUUUGGUUCGUGUCAUUAAAGACAUUUUUCAGUUCUCACCCA